CAUGGCGGCAGAAUCGCUCGCUCGGGAGUGAAGUGGAAACCGCGGAGAAGUUCAGAUAGUUACGGUGCUUUUCAGUGGCAGAGAGUGAAUUUAAAUCGAUUAGUGUUUGUAGACUUCAUAUCGGUCUUGGGAGAUGAAGGGGAAAGAGCGGUCGCCGGUAAAGAAACGCUCCCGGGCGCCGGAUGAUAGCAGGGACCGAGGAGGAAGCAAGAAGACCGGAGCGCUGUCGGCGGUUGGCAGCAACAACGGCAACGGCUCUGCUCAUGGCGGCGCCUCAUCCAGGAGAAGUUUAAACAGCGAGAAAAGGGACAUGAGGGAUUUAGACGGACACAAUGCAUCCAGUCGGGGUGGUAGCGGUUACGACUACGCAGUGGUUUCAGGGAACAAGCCGUACGGCGGCGCUGACAUGGACGCGGAAACAUCCAGGUCUGGUUCCCGCAGCGACCCGCGGCCUCCGUCAACCCCCGAAAACGAGUACAAGACUCUCAAAAUAAGCGGACUGGGCAACCAGCUGAACGACGGGGAGAUCGAGGACGGCCUGUUUCACGAGUUUAAGAGGUUUGGGGACGUGAGUGUGAAAAUGAGUCGAGAAAACGACGAAAGGGUGGCGUAUGUGAACUUCAGGAGGCCUGAUGACGCCCGGUCGGCCAAACACGCCCGCGGCAAGCUAGUGCUGUACGACCGGCCCCUGAAAAUAGAGACGGUGUACACGAACAGACUCAGGAGCCGCUCCCCUGUUUCAAAAGACAAUUUCUCCCCAGGACACAGGCACCUCCACUCUCAGAGACCUUUAUCUCCCACCGGCAUGGGGUACAGAGACUACCGGUUACAGCAGCUGGCUCUGGGCCGUCUUCCCGCUCCUCACCCACCACCUCACAUAAGAGACCUGGAAAGAGACAGAGAUUUUUCAGUGUAUGAUGCCAGGACUAGACCCCCGUUCAUCCCUGAAUGUGCUGUUUUCCGUGAGGAGGACACGAUGACCCCUGAGGAUGACCAGAGGGCAAACAGGACUUUGUUUCUGGGAAAUCUGGACGUCAGUGUGACAGAGAGUGACCUGAGGAGGGCGUUUGACAGGUUUGGAGCCAUAACAGAGGUGGACAUAAAGCGGGCAGUGAGAGGUCAGAGCAACACCUAUGGGUUCAUCAAGUUUGAGAAUCUUGACAUGGCUCACCGUGCCAAAGUAGCCAUGUCAGGGAAAGUGGUGGGCCAUAACCCAAUUAAAAUUGGCUAUGGGAAACCCACACCCACGACCAGGCUGUGGGUGGGGGGCCUUGGACCCUGGGUUCCACUAGCUGCACUGGCUAAGGAGUUUGAUCGCUUUGGUACCAUCAGGACUAUAGACUACAGGAAAGGGGAGGUGUGGGCGUACAUCCAGUAUGAAAGCUUGGAUGCUGCUCAGGCUGCAUGCACUCACAUGAGAGGCUUCCCUCUCGGCGGCCCUGACAGGAGACUCAGAGUGGACUUUGCAGACACAGAGCACCGCUACCAGCACCAGCAGUAUGUGCAGCUCCCCCUCCCGCUGCCACACUACGACUUUGUCCCUGAGCCGUUUGCCCACCGCCUUACAGACUCUGUGAGAGUGAGGGAGAGGUCCCCUCCAGUUCCUGCUCGCUUCAGAGAAAGAGACCUGUACCCCAGUGCUGAAUGGUCUGGUGUCCACGACAGGGUGCGAGGAGCAGGCUUUGAGCCCAUAGAUCGCCUGGAGAGACGUCCCCAUGAUAGCUGGUCAUUAGAGCGUGAGCGUGAGUUACAAGGCCGAGAUCUAAGCCGCAAAAGGAGACAUUUGGAUGAUGGCGGCCGGCCGGAUCAUUCACCCGAAAGCAGUGACUUUGGUCUGCAUCGUCAUGGCAGCUCAUUAGAGCGCAGCCCUGGAGGGAGCAGCCGAGAUGGAGGACGCUACAGUGACUCUGAACGCCUGCCUCGCUCUGGCAGAGCCUCCCCUGUCAGAGAGCGCCAGAACACUGGCUUUGGAGACAAGAGAAGAAGAACUCUUAGCCCGGCUGCUCCGGGCUUCAGCUCUGAAAAGGACCGCAAACAGAGAACUAGUGACUCAUCGAAGAGCCCAGCUAAGAAGGAGGAUCGCUUUGAGCCUCCUUGCUCCUCUUCCUCCAAGUCUGGCCAGCAGUCUAAGCCAGCAGCUGGGGGACAGAAGCUGAGUCAGGUGUGGCAGGGCGUCCUCUUGUUGAAGAACAGCAGCUUUCCCACAUCACUGCACAUGCUGGAGGGGGACGUGGAGGUGGCUAACAGUCUGCUGCUGCAGGGCGCCGUGGGGAGUCAAGCGUCCCAGCUGAAGAUCAGCCAGCGCCUGCGUCUGGACCAGCCCAAGCUGGAGGAAGUCUCUCGUCGCAUCAAGGCCGCCGGCUCCAGCGGAUACUCCAUCCUCCUGGCUGUGCCCGGGAAAUCUGAAAACGGAGGGACCCAGGACGCCAGCAGCUCCGCUGAGAGACCACUGAAGAACCUGGUGUCCUACCUGAAGCAGAAGGAGGCAGCCGGCAUCAUCAGCCUCCCGGUGGGGGGCAGCCGUGACAAGGAGCACGGAGGAGUCCUUCACGCUUUCCCCCCAUGUGAGUUUUCACAGCAGUUUGUGGAUGCCUCAGCCAAAGCCUUUGCCAAAUCAGAGGACGACUACAUGGUGAUGGUCAUUAUCAAAGGAGCGUCAUGAAAAAAAAAGAAAAAUCUAAAUGUCUCUUUUUACACUCGUGAAUUGUUAAACUGUGAGAUGUAAAAACAAGGAGAAGUAAAGAUAACAAAAGAGAAUAUCAGAAACAAGUUGGGGGUCUGAUUUUUAAGUUCCCUAACCUGCAUGGUAGCUUGUUUCUCCUCCUGUUGAAGGUUUAUAGAAAUGAAAGUCACAAUGAAUUGAAAACAUUUUGAUAAACUGAUGCAUUUGAUGAUUAACACAGGUGACACACAGCUUCCUGCUAUUUAGUUAUCAGAUAAAUGUGCAUUACUUGAAGGGUACUCUGCUUAAAGUAAUUCGAAGCAAGCUACAGUUCUGUGAAUCGAUAUGUUGCCUUAUCUCAUUAAAAAAAAAAAAAAUCCUUUAUAUCAUUUCAUACAAUGCCUGCCUACAUCAAAAAAGAAUUUACGAAUCCUAAACAGUAUUUUGCUUUCAUUUUAUCUAUACUCAGCAUAGAUUUGACCGGCCAGUGUCUACGUGUUUGUAGUGCUAUAAUGUUUGUACAGCCAGCCUGUGAAAGAAUUAAAUCAGUCUCAUGUACAUAUGAUUUAGGAAAUAUAUCUAUUUGCUCUAAAGCUUUAUCCAGUGCUCAUUAAUAGGCAUAUUCCAGAUGUGCGUCUGUAUUAGUUUUUGCUCACCGAGUAAACAUUUUGAUGCAAUGCUUCAUUAUAACGACUUUUCUAUUUUUGUCAGUUUUGGCCAGUCCUAAAGACAGUUGUGUAAAAAUACAGAAGGGCAUUAAGGGAUAAAGUACAAAAGAUUAUGUUCAUUUCAACGCUCUUUUUUGAGCCACAUCUGGAGGUGUAUGUGACAUUACAAGGUUAAAUUAAUGCAGUUUUUCCUAUCUGUCUUGCGAUUUUCACUAAGCACUGGUAUGUGUUUGUAGGGGUGGUAACAAGCAGCAAUCACAUGUGCUUCAUAAUACAGUUCAAUACAGUAACUGUGCAAAGAAUCCUGCCUUUAUAAAGCUUAUUAUGUUUAUUUUUGUUGAAACUAUGUGAAAGAGGAGAUUUUAUGUUCUUUGCUUAUUUCUGUAUUGAACUGCAUUAUGCAAUAAGGUAAUAUUUAGGGCUCAAAUGUGAUUAUUUUCAUCUUCUGUGAAAAAAAAAAAAAAUAUUGUAAAACAUCCAUAUCCCUAAGGUGCUGCUUUCAUGUAUUUGAAUACUUUUAUGGUCCUACCAACAGUCCACAGCCCAAAGGUACUCAGUUUACUAUGAUGUGAGAUAAGAAAAAUCUUCACGUUUGAAAAGCUGGAACCAUAGUAUGUUUGGCUAUUUUGCUUUAAAAUUGACAUCGGUCGGUCAACAAUCAUCAAAAUUGUUGCAGAUCAAUUAUCUGUUGGUCUGUUGAGUCAUAAUUUCAGCUCUAAAUAUUACCAUGAAGUGUCUCAACAAAACUGAAUGUUACAAGCUGUGCAGAGCCAGUGGACGUCGUAGGUCUGUUGAUUUGAGUGUCAUUAUAUUGUACACGGCUGCUUUUGUGUCCACCCCUUUUAUAUUGUCCUUUUAUUGACAUUGUAUUUAAUUUGGCUGAACAAUAAUUGGUUGAUUCAGUUCUUCACUUUUCUUCGUAAACAACUACCCCAGCAAAGCAUAUACUGUUAAAAGAAAGAUGUAACCUAUGAAUUAAGAGCUCUAUGUACACCGUGCACAUCCCUAAUGACUGAUCAGGAGUCUAGAAGUAGAAAAUAUUGCUUUGAGAGGACUUCUGAAUGAAAGAGAGGAGAGAAGGCCCAUCUCCAGUGGCCUUACAUGCCUUCCUCUGAAAAGACUGUUAAUGAUUUUCUAUGCUUUGAUUUGUGUUUCAAAUGGAAAAAAAGAAAAUGAUUUGUGCUGUAUACUCAGGAUAUCUGGAGAGAGAAAUGGAGAACGUCAGUGCUCAUGGGCCUAAGAAGUAUACCUAACUGUCACAGUGCAGACAUGCACUUGAUAGAUUUUGUCUCAAUAAAUUUACUCUUUCGUGGGAAACACGAGUGCCUCGGAA